AUGGAUCACCAGAAGAAGCCCCAAACACGAAGAAGCUUGAAGCGGAAGUUGGAGCAAGAUCUUGAAGAAGGCAAAGCAGAUCGCUGCAAGGUACCGGUCGUCGAAUCUCGCCUUACUCACCAAGAUCUCCUUCAAGAGGUUGGCCUUUACGUCGGCCUUCUCAACUCCACUCUCUCCUUUUCGAAAGCCGAUCGCUCCGCCGCCAAACGCGCCACUCACUUCCUCUCCGAACUCGCCAAGAACGAGGAUAUUGUGAAUUUGAUUGUGGAGUGUGGUGCGGUUCCUGCACUGGUAAAGCAUCUUCAAACGCCACCACCGUUGAGAGAAGGCGACGCGAUGCCAUUGGAGAAUGAAGUGGAGAAAGGAAGUGCGUUUGCGCUUGGACUACUCGCCGUCAAGCCAGAGCAUCAACAACUCAUAGUUGACGCUGGGGCUCUGCCCUAUCUCGUGAAUCUGCUAAAAAACCAUAAGGAUGGUUGUAAUUCUCGAGCAGUCAAUGGAGUUAUAAGGAAAGCUGCUGAUGCUAUAACAAAUCUUGCUCAUGAAAAUGCCGGCAUUAAAACCCGCAUCAGGAUUGAGGGUGGAAUCCCACCGCUUGUAGAGUUGCUUGAGCAUCAUGAUAUAAAGGUGCAGAGGGCAGCUGCUGGGGCCUUAAGGACCCUAGCAUUUAAGAAUGAUGAGAAUAAAAAUCAGAUUGUUGAAUGCAAUGCUUUACCCACCCUCAUACUAAUGCUGUGCUCUGAGGAUGUUUCUAUUCAUUAUGAAGCGGUUGGCGUGAUUGGGAACCUUGUCCACUCCUCUCCAAGCAUAAAGAAACAAGUUCUUCUUGCUGGAGCACUGCAGCCUGUUAUUGGAUUACUUAGUUCUAGCUGUCUGGAGAGCCAAAGGGAAGCAGCUUUACUAAUAGGUCAAUUUGCUGCUGCUGAUUCUGAUUGCAAGGUUCACAUUGUCCAAAGAGGAGCUGUUCCUCCUUUAAUUGAAAUGCUUCAGUCUUCAGACGUGCAACUCAAGGAAAUGUCUGCAUUUGCACUUGGACGUUUGGCCCAGGACACACACAAUCAAGCUGGAAUUGUGCAAAACGGUGGAUUAGUGCCCUUGCUUAGGCUUCUUGAUUCAAAAAAUGAACCUCUGCAACAUAAUUCUGCAUUUGCUCUAUAUGGUCUUGCUGAUAAUGAGGAUAAUGUUGUAGAUCUUAUCAGGACUGGAGGUGCUCAGAAACUCCAGGAAGGGGAGUUUAUUGUCCAGCCAACUAAAGAUUGUGUGGCAAAGACAUUGAAGAGAUUGGAGGAGAAGAUUCAUGGACGAGUACUGAAUCACCUAUUAUACCAGUUGCGUUUAGCAGACAAGGCUGUUCAAAUACAAGUUGCUCUGGCUCUUGCUCAUCUUUGUGCCCCUGAUGAUCAGCAAUAUAUUUUUGUUGACAAUAAUGGACUGGAGCUGUUACUAGGCCUUCUUGAGUCUACAAGUUUCAAACAACAGCAAGAUGGUUCAGCAGCCUUGUAUAAGUUGGCCACUAAGGGCAAUCCACUCUCAUCUGCAGAUGCAGCUCCGCCAUCACCAACUCCACAGGUGUACUUGGGUGAGCAGUAUGUAAAUAAUCCUACAUUAUCUGAUAUUACAUUCUUGGUUGAAGGUAAACGAUUCUAUGCUCACAGAAUUUGUCUUCUUGCGUCUUCGGAUACAUUCCGUGCAAUGUUUGAUGGUGGUUACCGGGAGAGGGAUGCCAAAGAUGUGGAGAUUCCAAAUAUCAGAUGGGAUGUUUUUGAGUUAAUGAUGAGGUAUAUAUACACAGGAUCAGUGAAUGUGGAGAUUGAUAUUGCUCAAGAUCUUCUUAGAGCUGCUGAUCAGUAUCUUCUUGAUGGCCUUAAGCAUCUUUGCGAGUAUGCUAUAUCCCAGGAUAUUUCUGUGGAGAAUGUUACGCUGAUGUAUGAUUUAGCGGAGGCCUUUAAUGCCAUGACGCUGCGGGAAGCAUGCAUACUUUUCAUAUUAGAGCACUUUGAAAGACUGAGUACCAAGCCGUGGUAUGUUAUUCCUUCCCUUCCCUUUUAUAAUAAGAGGACAAAUUGUGUUUUGUUGUCCAAAAACUUGUCAGGCUAUAAGCUGUUUCCACUUUCAUGGCUCGAAUCAUGCAGGUGUGCUCGUUUGAUUCAACGCAUGGUUCCAGAUAUACGCAAUUACUUUAUAAAAGCACUUGCGAAGCCUGUGCAAAUUGACGCAAGACAACUAUAAAUGAUUUUGCCUUACUUUUGGACUAACAUUAGAGUUGGAACUUGGAACACCAUCUACACGUAUAAAUAGUUUAGGAGUUAGAAAUUACAGGUCGAUCUGAUGUAAAGAAAUUUUGCUGAUAACCUGUGUAUUUUGUUCACUGUAACUAAUAACAUCUCUUUUAUUUGGAUUAAGUAAAAAAAAAAAUGAAAAAAAUCAUUCCAACCCCAUACUUCUUUAUCCUCCACUUUCAGUUAGGUUUAUUAGCCAUUUAAGCGUGUAAGUCCUGUGAUUUGUGAUGCAAACUGCCAUCACGUCUCCUGGUUCUAACUCCACGUACCACAACAAAUCUAUUUAAAUCAAUGGGGACGGCUGCAGAUUGAUGAGCUUGGCUUUUGGGU